AUGGCUGGGCUAAGCCCCCAAUGUUUCAAGGGCCUGGAAACUCCCCUGACUCAGAAAGUGUUUUACCUUACUGAGUAUCUGAAAGAAGAAGGAGGUCUGAGUCCAGAAGCUGUGAGGAUGAUUGGAGACCUGCUUAACGAACAGAGCCUUAUGUACACAGCGCUGACUGAGAUGAUCUAUGACCAGUCAGAUAUCAAUGACAACGAGUAUCUGAAAGAAGAAGGAGGUCUGAGUCCAGAAGCUGUGAGGAUGAUUGGAGACCUGCUUAACGAACAGAGCCUUAUGUACACAGCGCUGACUGAGAUGAUCUAUGACCAGUCAGAUAUCAAUGACAACGUAACGAUAUUGGAGGCUAGCGGCCGUGUUGGAGGACGGGUGGAGACCUACAGGAAUGAAGAAGAGGGCUGGUAUGCUGAACUGGGAGCCAUGAGGAUCCCAAGUUUUCACAAGAUCGUCCUCACGGUUGCUAAAGAUCUGGGGGUCAAUCUUACUGACUUCAUCAUGGAUAACGAUAACACCUUUUAUCUGGUUAACGGGUUGCUGGAGAAAACAUCCACAGUGAAAAAAAACCCUGAUGUCCUGAAAUACAAUGUGAGCCCAAGUGAGAAAGGGAAGUCAGCUGAAGAGCUGCUACAGCAAGCAUUGCAGAAGGUGAAUAAGUAUGUGGAGAUUUAUGGCUGCGAGGAAGCACUGAGAAAAUACGACCAUUAUUCUGUGAAGGAGUAUCUGAAAGAAGAAGGAGGUCUGAGUCCAGAAGCUGUGAGGAUGAUUGGAGACCUGCUUAACGAACAGAGCCUUAUGCACACAGCGCUGACUGAGAUGAUCUAUGACCAGUCAGAUAUCAAUGACAACGUGAGCUACUAUGAAGUGACUGGUGGAUCAGACCUUCUCCCUCAAGCUUUUCUCAAAGUCCUUAAUGUCCGCAUCCUCCUCAACUCCCCAGUUAAGAGCAUCAGCCAGUUAGAUAAUGGAGUAAAUGUAUCGUACCAGACCUCAGACCCUAGCCAAAAGCCCUCUCUUACUCACCUUCCAGCUGACAUUGUCCUGGUAACAACCACAGCGAAAGCAGCCCUCUUUAUGGACUUCAGUCCACCUCUAUCCAUCCAAAAGAUGGAGGCCCUAAGGGGGGUCCACUAUGACAGCUCUACUAAAAUCAUCCUCACCUUCAGCGAGAAAUUCUGGGAGAAGAACGGCCUCGGAGGAAAGAGCAUCACUGACGGUCCCUCUCGUUUCAUCUACUACCCAAGCCACAGUUUCCCAAAAAAUAAGAGCAUCGGCGUCCUCCUGGCUUCCUACACCUGGGCUGAUGACUCCCUCCUCUUCCAAGGUGCGAGCGAUGAAGCCCUGAAAGAGCUGGCUCUGAGAGAUUUGUCAAAGAUCCACGGCGACCAUGUUAGGUCUCUUUGCACAGGGGUGGUGGUAAAGAAGUGGACCUUGGAUCCUUACAGUUUGGGGGCCUUCGCUCUCUUCACGCCCUACCAACAUUUAGAGUACGCUGAGGAGCUCUUCAGAAGUGAAGGCCGGGUGCACUUUGCUGGUGAACACACAGCCUUCCCUCACGCUUGGAUUGAGACGUCUAUGAAAUCUGCAAUCAGGGCUGCUAUCAACAUUAACAAUGUGGCGCUCAAAGACUCAGCUAAAUUUCCAAGAGGAGAUGAGCUCUAGGGUCUGAAGAAUUGAUUUAGUAUUAUGGUAUAAAAUAAAAAGAAUACCAAAAGCUGUAAUAUCUCUAGCU